UAUUUUCACCAACUCUUUUAACCAGAAAUCCUGGGUAUCACCAGAGAAUAUAUGUGAAGCAAAAUGGAAUCUGUUCACCUCUAAUAGAAAGCAUUAGGGUUCUCAUUGCUCUGCAUAAUGGAACUAGACCAAAGUCAAAGGCCAUUAGAAUAGUAAAAGAAAUGUAGUUGUUUUCACAUAACACCAGAUUAAAAGGAGUAGGAUUUGUAUCUGAAAUGAAGAAUUGGCAAAGAUAUAAUUACUUUCUGAAUUUAAUUAUGAAUUAUAGAUGAAGGGUGGGUGUUUAUUUACCAAUUUCUGUGCAUCUACCACAUCUUCACCACUGAGCUCUGACAGAGGAGACAUGAUCCUGAAGUAAAAGAUCAGAUGCUGUACCAUUAACAGUCUGAAAGCAUAAUGCUUUUGAAAUGCAUCCAUGUUAAAUUUAAUUGUCCCCAACCCCAUUCCAUCUGGAUUUUUAAAAUCUGAAUAGUUCAAUGGCAAGAUAUUGAACUUAAUGGAACAGUGAUCUGAUUAUCUUCUCUUCUUCAGAAAUAAUUAGAGGAAAUUGCAAGUAGAAAGAAAAUACACUUGUUAUCUAGAGAUUAUUUUGGAUUAAUACUCAAGAUGACAGUGUUCUAGAGAAAAAAACAGUGUGUCCUGUUUUUAGGUGCAAGGAAUAUGUGGAGAUAAUUCCACUAUCAAAGAUUGUAUGUAAAUUUUCCAAGAUGGGGAGAUUAUGAUGCUAAAUGUCUUGCUGUUUCAGAUCAGCAAAACCAAGACUUAACAAAAUGUGGGCCUUCAUAGGAGGCCUGUGAAGUAAAUAUAAAUAAUAAGUAUAUUUGUGCAGCUCUUCAUAGUGUAUAAAAUGCUUUUAUGUGAGAUGUGGAGGUGAAGCUUGAGCUGGCUUGCUUCUUAGCUAUACAGUUUCAUUAAUAUAUUUCUAACUCCUAGUUGUGUUCUGAAGCAGUCUCUUCAGUUACUAUUAGGUGUGCCGGGGUGUCAUGAUCCUUUGCUUCUUGUAUUUGACUUUUAAGACUGUUGGCCAAACAUAGUGUUGUAGCAAUAGAGAACUGUAUUGUUGAAGUACUUUGCUUAUUUCUUUUCUUUUUUCCCCCUCUUUUUUCUUUUUCCCUUAGAUAUAUUCUGAGGACCAAGAUUCAUUGGGGAUGGUUACAGAAUUGAACCAUAGUAGGCAAUGAAAAUAUACAUUCAGAGUUGAAUAAAACAUCCCUGCUGGAAGGAAAACACACCCCUACUAUUAAGUUUAAAUUGGCUGCACUGGUGUUUUUUUCCUGAUCAGGCGGACAGAUCAGCAUAGAGUCCAAGGAUGAAUGUUCAUCGUGGCAGUGAGAGUGACAGGUUAUUGCUGCAGGAGGCCAGCUGCCUAAUGGAUGAAACCUCGGCUGCAGCCCAAGAAAAAGAAACUAGUAGUCUGACUUCUUCUGGUCUUCAAAAUCUUGCUUAUCCGCUAACUCCCAGGAGUGAUGACCUUUCACUGGACUAUGCCUCUCAGCCAGCAAGCCUCCAGUUCCCUCACAUAAUGCCACUUCCCGAAGACAGCAAAGGUUCCUGCUUCCCAGGUGGGACUAAACGGAGCUAUGAACCCUUUAUUGCUCCAGAACGAUUUGGAAACAGCACUAUGGGCUUUGGCAGUAACGUUCAUUCCCAGGCGCCAGAGAAAGUGACACUUCUCGUAGACGGCACACGUUUUGUGGUGAAUCCACAAAUUUUCACUGCUCACCCGGAUACCAUGUUGGGAAGGAUGUUUGGACCAGGAAGAGAGUACAACUUCACACGGCCCAACGAGAAGGGGGAGUAUGAGAUUGCCGAAGGAAUCAGUGCAACUGUCUUUCGAACGGUGCUGGAUUAUUACAAAACUGGUAUCAUCAAUUGUCCUGAUGGCAUCUCUAUCCCAGACCUUAGAGAUACGUGUGAUUAUCUCUGCAUUAACUUUGACUUCAACACUAUCCGAUGUCAAGAUCUGAGUGCUUUAUUGCAUGAACUGUCUAAUGACGGUGCUCACAAGCAGUUUGAUCACUACCUCGAAGAACUGAUCCUGCCCAUCAUGGUGGGCUGUGCCAAGAAAGGGGAGCGAGAGUGCCACAUCGUUGUGCUGACCGAUGAGGAUUCUGUGGACUGGGAUGAAGACCACCCCCCACCCAUGGGAGAGGAAUAUUCCCAAAUUCUUUAUAGUUCCAAGCUCUACAGAUUCUUCAAGUACAUUGAGAAUCGGGAUGUUGCUAAAACAGUGUUAAAGGAACGGGGCCUGAAAAACAUUCGCAUUGGAAUUGAAGGUUACCCUACCUGUAAAGAAAAAAUUAAGAGAAGACCUGGUGGCCGAUCUGAAGUCAUCUAUAAUUAUGUGCAGCGCCCUUUUAUCCAGAUGUCAUGGGAAAAGGAAGAAGGAAAGAGUCGCCAUGUGGACUUCCAAUGUGUUCGGAGCAAAUCCCUCACUAAUCUGGUAGCUGCUGGAGAAGAUGUCUUGGAGGACCAGGAGAUAUUGAUGCAUCACCCGCCCCAGGUGGAUGAACUUGACCGACUAAAUGCCCCACUUUCUCAGAUGGCUUCUAACGACUUUCAGGAUUAGGGCCAGCUAUGGGUCCACCUCUCUGCGAAGCGUUUGUCUGGGCUGCCAGAAGCCAGUUCUCCCCAUCCUUUCCCUUUCUCCCAUAAUUAACGUGCGUCCUUUUCAGUAUAUCUGCACCUCCGCCGGGGAUGAGAAAGCACUGGUAAUGAAGCUCCCAGCUUUGCAGCAGCCCUAGUAACUUGAAAUUUUAGGUCUGGUGCUGUUCACUGAGCCUUUGCAUAACUGCAAAGCAGAAAAGCAAGUCAAGACUCCUGUUGCCUCAUUCGGCAAAGCAGUUCUGAUGCUUUAUGCUGUGUCUUGGCUUUUGUGUGUUUUGUUUUAUAUCAGGCACAUCACUUAGCCGCGAAGGGACCAAACUUAAAGGAGACAAUCUCUAUCUUCUGCAAAUAGCACUAAUGGCAUGCUCAUUAGAGGUUGAUGAAGAUGCCAUUCCUAGUGGCAUCUGUGCCCAGAUUGCAUCAGGGAAGAACGAGGCUCGUAUUCAACAUGUCUAAAAGGAAAUUCGUAGGCGUUAAAAUUCAGUUUUGUUUUUUCAUUAAAUGCAAGAACAAUCCAAAACCACAUGGAUUCUGUCACAGGAAGGAAUGUGGCAUCACAGUGUUGAUGGAACCUUAGCGUCAUGGUGUUUAUUCAUUUAGAAGGAAACUCAAGUAGAAGAACCUCUCCAGAUGGGGCCACUCUGAUUGCCCUGGCUUGGAAUUGGUGAGAAGCCAUAGGUCUUCACCCAGGAGCAGCAUGUUGCUGUGGAUGUGGAUGGGCGACCUUGGAUAUGACUUCAAGGCUCCAGCUGUGAGCAGACAUUUCUCA